CCGAUAUAAGCUCUAUAACCCCCCCCCCCCCCCCCUGGUCGCGACAUACGGCCUAUCGCCUCGGCUCCUCAUCCCUGUCGCACGCGGCUUCAAAUCCCGGCUCCAGUCCUACUUCUCACUACUCUCUCCGGUAUCAAAGACAAGUUUCACAUGCCGCCACCGGCCUCUUCAGUGGAUUUUUCCAACCUGCUCAAUCCUCAGAGCAGCGCGACUGAGUCUGCUCCGUCCUCUCCCGCCACUCCUGUGGAUAGCUCCAAGGGCCCUUCCACUCCGUCCAGCGCUCAAUCAACCUCGACGAUGGCUUCGUCCGUGAGUCUUCUUCCCCCUCUGAUGAAGGGUAGCCGUCCUGCGACCGAAGAAGUGCGCCAAGAUCUCCCCCGGCCUUAUAAGUGUCCUCUCUGUGAUCGCGCCUUCCACCGUCUGGAGCACCAGACGAGACAUAUCCGCACCCACACGGGUGAGAAGCCCCAUGCGUGUCAGUUCCCUGGCUGCACUAAGCGAUUCAGUCGCUCCGACGAACUCACACGCCACUCGCGCAUUCACAACAACCCGAACUCGAGGCGCAGCAACAAGGCUCAGCACCUGGCUGCGGCUGCCGCUGCCGCAGCUGGCCAGGACAAUGCGAUGCCCAACAGUGCAGGGGCCCUGAUGCCCCCUCCCAGCAAGCCCAUGACUCGCUCUGCGCCCGUGUCGCAAGUUGGCUCUCCCGACAUUUCCCCCCCUCACUCUUUCUCCAACUAUGCCAACCACAUGCGCUCUAACUUGGGGCCCUAUGCCCGCAACACCGAGCGGGCAUCAUCCGGCAUGGAUAUCAACCUCCUCGCUACGGCCGCCUCUCAGGUGGAGCGCGACGAUCACUUCAGUUUCCACGCGGGGCCCCGUAACCACCACCUAUUCAGCAGCUCCCGCCACCACGGAAGCGGUCGCCUACCGUCGCUUUCGGCUUACGCAAUCACGCACAACAUGAGUCGCUCGCACUCGCACGAAGAAGACGACAGUUAUUCGCAUCGUGUCAAGCGUUCCAGACCCAACUCGCCCAACUCGACCGCCCCCUCUUCGCCCACCUUCUCGCAUGAUUCUCUCUCACCUACCCCCGAUCACACGCCUUUGGCUACUCCCGCUCACUCUCCGCGGUUGAGACCCCUGGGAGCCAGCGAUUUGCACCUUCCAUCGAUCCGUCACUUGUCGCUACAUCACACCCCUGCUCUGGCUCCGAUGGAGCCGCAGCCCGAGGGGCCCAGCUACUAUAGCCCUAGCCAAAGUCAUGGCCCGAGCAUCACCGAUAUCAUGUCCAAACCCGAUGGAACACAGCGCAAGCUUCCUGUUCCCCAGGUACCGAAAGUGGCAGUCCAGGAUAUGUUGAAUCCUGGCAGUGGGUUUUCCUCGGUCACCUCGUCCACCGCUAACUCGGUUGCCGGCGGUGAUCUGGCCGAACGUGCCUUCUAGAAUCGACCCCUGCGUCGAUCAUUUGGGUUUGUAAAAUGGGAUUCCAAAAAAGCAUUAUAUCUUCAUGCGUGCUACGACCGAAUAGACUUGUGCAUUUACAACGGUUCAUGGGCAUCAUCGGUGUCAGUUGGUUGGGUGGCUUUUCUUUCUAUUUCUCUUUUUAUUGUUCUGGAUUCAUGGCUCUUUUACCUUUCUUUGUACUCUUUGCGAGGCGUCACUACCAAUAGAUGGAUGGGAUAUCUUGUGAAUCGUUUU